UUCGGUGUUUGUAGAUGAAACCUAUGUUUGUUUGUUUGUUUCUUGCUUUUAUUUGACUUCUUUGUGGGGACAAAAUAAAUUUCUUCUCUACUAAAUAUCUUUCGAUUCGAUUUACUCUUUAUCUUCUCAUUACGCUCCAUACAUUAAAAACUCUCUUAUCAGUUUUGCCUAUUGGAACAGAUUAUCUUCUGACGCAAUUGAACAAAAAAAAAUGGCAACCGUUCAAGUUUCUUCCACUAGCAUGACCACCAAGGCGCUCCUUAGAAGCCAGCCCACCAACAGGCCCAUCACUAACAAACUCUCCGUUGGAUCAGUCAACAAAGUCUCGAGAUCCUUUGGCUUGAAAUGCUCAGCCAACUCUGGUGCCACCAUGUCAGCAGUGUACAAGGUCAAGCUCAUCGGACCCGAUGGCCAAGAAAACGAGUUUGAGGUCCCGGACGACCAGUACAUACUGGAUGCAGCUGAAGAAGCUGGAGUCGACUUGCCUUACUCUUGCAGAGCCGGCGCGUGUUCCACCUGCGCCGGGAAGAUCGAGAAAGGUCAAGUUGACCAGGGUGACGGUUCGUUUCUUGAGGAUCAUCACUUUGAGAAAGGUUAUGUCUUGACUUGUGUUGCUUACCCGCAGUCUGACUGUGUGAUCCAUACCCACAAAGAAGAGGAACUCUUCUAAGUCCGGUUUCAGACUUGGUAAUGACGCAGAUUGUUGAUUUUGAGUUAUUAUUAUCAGUUUUAAAGGUAUGCUUUUGUAUGAAAACGUCUCAUGAUAUGACUUUCAGUGUUCAUCAAUCGUCACUGGGUUGCCACUGGUUAAUAAAAGGGUUUUAAUUAA